AGAAUAUACCACAUCCAGUUCAAUCUAGUCAUGUCAGGUCUGGUUGAGUCUGACAAAUCGUAUAAAAGCGGGCUCCAAAUUCUACUCCAAAUCAGUUCUAGUGCUACCUCGGCCAACGAUACAAUCAUCAUGAAGUUUACUUACAUUUUCCUCGUCCUUGUGGUCAUCGUGCUCGUCUUGAGCGUGGCGGACGCACACGGCAACAAGAAGAGGAACCGCACCCGCGAUUUUUCUGGUGAGGACAAGAGGGAACAUGGUGAAGGACACCGUCAUAAUAGUACUAGAACCAGACGUCCGAGGUCGACCACGACUACCGCCGUACCUACGACGACCGCCGCACCAACAACGACCGCUGCACCAGUGCCUACUGCGUAAUCCACAACCAACACGACUACAAUAACCCCUGCAGGAAAGCAUGUUUGAUUAGAGUAAUUCCGAUUACCAAAUGAUGAUCGAGCUAUUCUUAACGGCAAAAACUGUUAAAAGUUCUAUCAUGAAAUAAACCCAGCUUACGAAUCCAUAA